UGGAAAGGUAUUCCCCAAUUUCUCACCCUCUUUAGAGCGAAAUCUCAGAGUAAACCAGCUUAAUCAUCUCUAGAGUCUACCAGAGUCAAGUCCCAAGGAAAGCCACCUGGUGGAAACGGCAUAUUUGAUAGGAAGAAUAAAAGAAGAAUGGAAAGGAAACAGAAAAAGGCAAUAAAAGCAGACUACUUCUCAAGACGUCAUGUUGCGAUUAAGAAGCAAGUAGAGAAACAGAAGAAGUUUGAAAGGGAACGAAAGGAGAAGCAGAAGAAAAAGCAAAUGAACAAGAAUAAAAAUAAAAAUAAGAGUAAAGAUAAGCAGACAUUUAAGAAGGAGAUCAAAGCUAAAUCUCAACAAAAGAAGAGAGAUAUCAAGUCUUUACAGAAGCAGAAGGAAGCUGAGACCAAUGCAAAAGAGUCUAUUCAAGUAUCAGAUGAUGAAGAAAUUAAAUCUGACGAGAUUAUUGAUUCUGAUAGCUCUGAAGAUGUUGUCGCUCAGAAGCCUGCACAUAAAACUUCCCAGAAAAAGCAAAAGAAAGGUUUCCAAAUGCUUGAAGCUAACACAAUCCCGAAAGAAUCAGAACUAGAGUCUGAUAAGAAAGAAAUCCAGCGCCUUGAAAAACUCCUUGGCAUAAAAGGAAACCCCAAGGAAGCUAAGCGCGUAAAAAGAAGACUUGAUGCAGAAAUGGGGCUUGGGCUUGAAUUCAUGGACUUUCUCGACGAAAUCGAGAAUGUCGUCCACCAAGCUGAUGAACAAGAGGAGCAAGCUGAAGGUUAUGAUCGGCCCAAGAUGAAAUUUGAGGAAGAAAGUGAUGAAGAGGAGUACAGAAAAGCUAUUGAGGAAGAUAGCGACCAGAGUGGGUUUGAUGAACCUCAAGAGGAACAGGAAGAGCAGCAAGAGGAAAGUGAAGAUUCUGAAGACCAGGUUAUGGAGGAAGAGAAGGAGGAUGUCCAAGUUAAAGGAAAUAGAAAGGAGGAGGUUGAAAAUAGGGAUUUAGAAGAAGACAAGGGAGAGAAGAGUGGAGAUGAAGGGGAAGGUGAAGGUGAAGAAUCUGAGGAAGAGAAGAGUGGAGAAAGAGAUAAUGAGGAUGAUCAAGUAGAAAAUCAAGAGCCGAUGCUGGAGGAGACUGUUCGAAAUGAAAUUAGGAAGAACAUCGUGUCAUGCUUGAAUAAAUUAUCUGAUGGAAAUACGGAUAUCAUUUUCAAGAAGAUACAUGAAUUCUUGUCUAAUUAUAUUGCAUAUCCAGAAACAAUUUCUGGAAUUUAUUUUGAAGUGUUCAAGAAGAUAUGUAUUGAUUCGAGAGUUCUGAACUCAGCUAUCCUUUCUGUUAACUGCCUGGUAAUUACAGCCCUACAAAGAUUAAUUGGACAAUCUUUCUUCGCUCCAAUUGUCAAUGAGCUUCACACGUUAUUCGUAGAUGCUCAUAAGAAGAUACAUGCAGGAGAAGGUGAUAUAGCUUUUGCUCAAAUGCAGUUAAAGAAUAUUAUUUCUAUUUUCUCUCACUUUUACCUGUUUGAAUCAGUCACUCAUAAAAUCAUUUUUGACGUGAUUGUUCACAUGAUGAAGAACUUCAAAGAAAAGGAUCUAGAGAUGUUGCUAAACUUGCUUCAUAACAUUGGAGGUAUCUUAAGAAAGGACUCUCCAGCUCUUUGUAAAGACAUUAUGCUCUUAUUUGACUCCAAAAAGAUUGAAGCUGAAAUCUCUGCUCCAAAGACUACCCCCAAGGACCAAGAAGAGGAGGUGAAAACUUCCUUUGAGAGGAAAAUAAACUAUCUGUCACAAGAAUUGAAUGAUAUCAAGAACAAUAAGAUUAACUCGAAGUUUACCAACAAUCAUGGGCUAACUUGGUUGAAAAAGAACUCUCAGGUAAAGUCUGAACUCCUCAAGAACCCUCUUGAUGUGGACUUCAAAGUUAUCGAAUCAGCUAAAAAUGGAGUCAAGUGGUGGCUUACUGAUGAAGAGAAGCUCAAGCAGGAGUCAAGCCUCAAAAUUAAUGAAAUUGAGAAGAAGAUUGAUAAGAGCUAUCUCGCUCAGCUGGAAGCUGCUGCUAAAGCUCAGCAUUACGUCACUGACAUUCAGAAGAGUGUUUUCUACACUUUGAUGAGCAGUGAAGAUUACUUAGAUGCCUUCCAGAACAUUCAGAAGCUUGGAUUGAAGAAGAAGCAAGAAAGAGAUAUCAUUAAGGUCAUAAUCCAAUGUUGAGUUCAAGAGAAGGUUUACAACAAGUACUACGCCUUAAUUCUGAAGAAACUUUGUGAUGGAGACAAGACAUUCCAGUACUCCUGUAAAUACACAUUGUGGGACUAUCUCAAGAUCAUUGACGAUCUGGGCGUCAGAAAGAUUGCCAACCUUGCUCGCAUCUACGGGCAUCUUUUUAGCAAGACAAGCAUUCCAAUAAACAUGCUGAAGUAUAUUGAUUUCUAUGAUGAGAUUAACAAGUUUCAGAGGCUCUUUUUGAAUGUUGUCAUGGACGAGAUUUUCUACAGCAAAACAACUCCAAAGGGAACCUCUUCAGGAGGAGAAUUUAAGGUAGCAGCCAAGACAAUCACUGCCGUGUUCGAGAAGAUCAAAACCAACACUGAUAUUGGUGAGUUCAAGGAUGGCCUUUCAUCCUACCUCGCCAGUAAUUACUACAAAUACAGAACUAAGAAGAAGGGAUGUGACGAGAAAGAAAUCUCCUUGCUUGAAAAGAAGCUAAAAAUAGCUAUGGACCUGCUAUCUGAUGCAAAGUAAUUAUCUUCAAUAUGCCCAC